GAUAUCUCAAGAAUUGCCGGACUACUCGCAUGCAAGUCCCUUCUUCUACAUCUGGCUGUCUCAACAGAUGACUGGAACUGAUGCCCGCACAGAAGUCACGUUCACAUGCUCAAAGGAAUGUAAAGGCUACAAUGCAGGCAGCACGAAGGACGUCAACGUUGCAAAAAGUCAUUUUUUUGCCAAUUGCCAAGUUCAACUCGCACCAAAAGAAUUCACUUCGGAGGCAAGGCUCUCUUCACAUGUACGCGCUGUAGCAUUGCAAGACGAUUCAAUCGCUUUCCAGGACACACUUUUUCUGACAAGAUGGCAACAGCGUUC